ACAAUUUUUCAAUGAUUACUUACAAUACUUACACAUCUUAAAUAAUAUUUAGAUUCAAUAGAAAAAUGUAACCACCUGGUUAGUGUAGAACAAAAUCCAAAAUGUAGCUGCUUAGCAUAGUAGAUAUUUAAUUUAAUGCACAUAGGCCCACUUGCUCUUAUCAUUUACUUAUCAAGACUACCACGCACCGUUUCUGAAAUAGAGUCUAUUGAAACUACUUUACUACUGUUUCUGUGGAAAUAAAAGAGACAAUGGACCAGCUAAUGACCAGGGAGGAAAGCUACGCAGAACGCAGACGACUCUUCAAAGACAUCUGGGAGACCUCGAUGAAUAUGGAUGACAAGGAGGAUAUCAUGACCAAGCCCAAAGUUAUAAAGACUCUAAGAUUGAGUGAAGUGGAUCGAUGUGUGGCAAAGAAGAAGAAAAAACAGAAGCUUAAAAACCUACGAGCAGUCUGCAAUAAACUGUUAGAUUUCUGCGAUCGCCAGGAUGCAGAUGACUUGUUCUAUGAGCAGAUGGCUGUGCAAAGUUAUCGACCUUCAACUUGUUCGCAUCCUACCGAAGAACCGAAAAUCAAGACCAAGAAACCGUUGAAAGUUAAAAGGAAGACACGGAAAACGAAGAGCUUGUCUAUGCCUGAUACCGAUGUCAUGUCAGCGAGAGGCAUCACUUCGGAGAGAAAAGCCGCGCUAAAAAAGAAAACUAGACACAUUUCUCCCGUUAAAGUAAAACGGACCUCAUUUGCGACUAGUAAAAUAUUAGAAAUUAAACCUAUAUUACCGAGAAAUUCUGUUAUGUCUCGCCCGAAAGCUGUUGUUAAAAAGAAACGAAGCAAGAAAAAAUCUUCAGAUUUAACAAUGCCGAAAGAUAUAAAAUACGACGAUCUAUCUUAUCUGCAUUAAGUAUUUAUUAAAUCUAGGUACUUUUAAAUAUUGUUCUAGCUUUAUUCAUAUAGUGGCAUGGAGCCAUGGACUUAUUGGUGAUACACGAAUGCAUAUUAUGUUUUCAGGUACCUAAUGAUGAACAUUUGUAAAUGACACACAUCCCACAUUUCUUACGAAUAAAGAAGUUCUU